UGGAGAAGCCGGCGAGCAGCGGGACAACCGAGCCGAGCCGAGCAAGCGACGAACCGGCCGCUGCAGCUCCGCGACGGGACGGACGAGGACCGAGGUUCUCCGCCGAGCGACGAGGUGUGACCCCCUAACCGUGUGCAGCAGCGCCGUGGCAGCUAUGGGGCCUGAGGACAGAGGCGGAGCCGGCGCCGGGCCCGACACACAGCGGACUCUGAUGUGCGCGCGGGUGGAGAAAGCGUUCGCGGAGAGCCGGCAUCGCAAGAGCGCGGCGUCGGGCGAGCGGCGGCAGAGGGAGGCCGAGGAGCGCGGCUGGAGCAACCCGGCCGCUCCCUCGAGAACCCCGACGGCGCACCUCGGCGACGCGUCGGCGACCCGGGACGCCCCGUACUGUUUACGCAGCCCAGAGUCGGUGGAGAUGGACGAGAUCAUGGCGGCCAUGGUUCUGACCAGUCUGUCCUGCAGCCCCGUAAUCCAGAGUCCUCCACGGAUGGACCCCAGAGCAGCUGGCCCGUCUUCCUCCGCCGACAUGGAGUGCGGUGGCAGCGGCGGCUGCGGCGGCGAGCUCUCCGACAGCGGCAGCAGCGGCUACUGGAGCUGGGACCGUGGCAACGUGAGUCCCGCCCCCUCGACGUCCAUCACAGAGAUGGACAGCAGCCCCGACGAAGGCCUGCAAAUGGAACUGGAGCAGGGGGAGGAGCUCGGUGCCAAAAAGUCAAAGAGCUCUUUCAGAGGUGUGUACAGGUGUCUGUGGCCCAGCUGUGGGAAGGUGCUCACGUCUUCAGUGGGAAUAAAGAGACACAUCCGAGUGCUGCAUCUGGGCAGCGGGUCAGAUCAGUCCCAGAGAGAAGAGGACUUCUACUACACCAGGAUCUCCUGUGAGACCGUGGACACCAGCUCCGCUCCGGGUCCGGCUCCAGCUCCGGUUCUGGUUCCGGCUCCAGCUCCAGCUCCAGCUCUGGCUCCUUCCCAGCAGGCCCUGAGCCAGGCCACGUCCUCCCAUCUCAGCUGGGCCUCCUGCGGUUCCCCUCCACCCUCUGGGCUCCAGAUCCCGCCAGCUCACAGACCCAGGUCCAACUCCAGCUCCGGGGCCGGUCCGAACCGGCCCAGUCCGCUCAGCCAGUCGGCCCCCAGCAGCUUCUGGCAGAUCCACUCAGAGCAUCUCUAUCAGGCAUGUAGCCCCGUCCAAGUAUCUGUGGCCUCCAGGAGCCCCGGCUGCCAAGGUUUGACCCCCUCCACCACCGUCUCUGGCCACAGCAACACUCCGGUGGUCAAACCUCGCUGUCGGUCCGUGAGUGUCGGGGAACAGUGGCUCCAGCAGAACCGGCUGCAGCCCAUCAGCGUGUCUCCGUCCCGCACUCACUGCUCCUUCAGGAAAGGUCGCGGGGAGGCCAAGAAGUGCCGCAAGGUGUACGGAGUGGAGCGCAAGGACCAGUGGUGCACCGCCUGUCGCUGGAAAAAGGCCUGCCAGCGCUUCCCCGACUAAAGACUGUGGAUGGAGAGAGAGAGAGUGUGAGAGAGACGUGGAUGGAUGAGUGAUUUAAAAAAAUAAAGAAAGACUUUUGUCAAAAAGAGGACAUAAAUCAGGGCCUGAGAGCCAUCGAGAAAAACAACACUUCUGGCUUUGUUUUUAGCUUCCAGGCAACAUCCAUCCUAAUCCUAACGCAAAGCUCUCUGCCCGGUUAAGUUUGGGUCCACGCUACUCUUCUCCUGACGUUAGCUCAAACCGCUCUAAAUGGCGAAUUUUGAAAAAACACAGUCACGUUUUGCUUCCUGAUUGGCUUUCAUCCGUCAAAGGCGUGUCCUUCCCUGAUUUUCGUCACACGCGCAGCGCUUCAUUUGUAAAUCUGUCUUUUAUUUCUGUCUGUGUUAUUGCUGCGAUGUCGGGGAAAUCCAAUCGUAUUUACAACUAUGAAAAUCUUGCAUGUUUGGCCUCAGUUUAGACUGUGGCAAACAAACGGUUAAAAGCACUGUUUAUGUGACAUGGGAUGAGAGAAAGGAGGCCAAUCUGUGUAUAGAUGCUUUAGAAACAGGAAGUCUUAAAUAUAGUUUACAGGUUUUGAUUCUUUACAGUGCAUGAAUCUGAGGUAUGAGUUUCCAGAUAAUUACAAUUCCUCCUCCGCAUUGUGGAGGUUGGUUUAUGUUUUGGCAGCUUACCCGCUAUGAUCAUAUCUCUGAGUUACACUCGUUACCGUGUUGACUCUUUGCAGCUCUUUCGGUUCGUUUUCAGUUCUCUCGUAUAAUACAGCGCACUAGAAGCCGUGUUGAGUUCUGUCAAUCAUGCUUGGCUGUAAUCACGCUUUCAUUUUUUUUCUCGACUUGUAAUGCCUGCGAGUCCCGGAUCCUGGUAUAGACCUGAUCCAGUGCAAAUCGAGCUUUCCGGUAGAAAACAGGAACGGCCUGCGCUUUGCAAAAACUCACCCGAUCUGAUGUGUUUUUCUUCCGCCACCUUGACCGCCAUGUGUAUGUCGCCACCUAGUGGCGAGGUUGCAGAUUGCAACCAAUGUAAACUCCUCUUCCCGCGUGCCAAAUGUCUGGAACCACGAUUUGGCCAAAGCAAACAGGUGUUUUGGUCUGUGCAUUCGGUGCUACCCUGGGAAGAAGACCCCGCUCUGCACAUCGAGAUAUAUAUUACGGCUCAUUUUAAGGAGACAGAAACACAUUGAUUCUUAUUUUUUCAGGUGAUUUUUCCCGCUCCGCCAGUAGAUCCUCCCGAGGUCAAAGCAAAGAACUCUCUGGUCCAUCGCUGAUCUUUUGAACUGCAGAGCAGACGGUCCACUUCCUGUUUGCACACCGGCAUCGCGUACGCCUAGCGCGUGCCCAAGUCCAUGAAGAUGUGUGUGUUUUUUUGGGGGGCGUGUUGGUACGGACGGACGUCACUUCAAGAAACCGGUGCUAAAGCGUUCGUGUUCUCGGAGGUGUUAAUGUGGAAGUAGCCUCGGCCUUUUUGUUACCUUUCCCUAAAGUAAUGCAAAAUGGACUUUUUUUCUGUAUCUUUGUAACUUGAGAAGUGAAGUCCGCGACGGUGCUAACUGUUGACUGACUUUGACCAUGUGAUGUGCUAAUACACCUACGAUACUCUCCUACUUUAUCCAAAGGUUCAUAUUUCAUGUAUGCCCCUUGUAGCUCGACUGUAUUAGACUGCUACUUGGCUGUUUUCUUUAUUCCAAUCCUCUCUUCCAGUGGUUACGCAGUGGUUAUGGUGUACAUCAUAUUGUGUGCUUUGAGUUACGUACAUGUAUUUUAUACCUUUUUUUUUAUUGUCUUGUUCUGCCCGAGUAUUGGGGCAGAUUUAUUAUGUUUUCUCUUUUUGUUCAUGUUUUUUGGCACUUUUUGUUGGAAUAUAAACUCACAAGAAUAAGCUACAUUUUGGUUCGACUCAACCAAGUUCCUAUUUCCUUCCUGCCCGCGUGUUGACACACGACCAGUACGGAGUCAUGGCAGCGUUAGAGGAAUUAGUUUGUAAUAGCAAUAAAUAAAAAAAUCUGAAAAAAAGAGGAACUAUCUUGUCAAACACAAAUUAAAAAGCACUGAGAAUUUGAA